UGACAAUAACUAUGUAUAAUUAAUUAAUUGAUAAAUAUUUAUGUAUGUAUGUAUGUACAACAAACUGAUCGAAAAGACAAUAACGGAACUGAGAACGCGAGCGCUAAAGAGAAACGAUAUAAAAACGUUGCACCAACCACCGCUUCACCGCCACAACGCCUCACAGCUCGCUCGUUCACCGCUAAUGCAACCGCUCCACCACUACCAACACCACCACCACAACCACCACUACCGCUACUACAACUAGUACUAGUACCACCACAACCAAUGCCACCCACCAAUACCACCAACAAGAACAAAUAGCCAAAACAAGCCACCAUGCCAAAAAGACAGUAAAGGCCAAAUAAAGAUAAAGACAAAGAUACAGAUACAGAUAAAAGCUAAAAGAUUUCGAAAAAGAACCGAAAAUGUCGUCAUUUGCAAAAUCAGCCGCAGCAGCCCCAGGCAGAGCCCUCAUUGACCACGAAGCAUAUGAGCUAGUGGCUAAAGGUGUCUACGGCAUCGACCUGUUUCAUGUUGUAAUUCGAGGACUUUCGUUUAUUGGCAACAAUAAUGGUCAGCACAACAUUGACAACAUUGGCUGCUGGACAAACAACUAGUAGCAAUAAUCAUCAUCACCACCACCAUCAUCACCACCAGCAGCAGCAGCAGCAGCAACAGCAGCAACAUCAGCAACUGCAACAGCAGCAGCAACAGCAACAGUUGCCCUACGAGCGACUGCCGCCACACGCCACAGCUUCCACAGGGGGGCCAGCAGGAUCACUUGCAGCAGCAACCGCCAGCAACCAGUCGCGCAGCUUCUAUGCGCUGAACGGUCUGGAGCACGACUGCGACGGCAACAGCAGCAGCAGCUAUCCACAGCAGCAACAGCAGCAGCCCUCUCCUUCGAUCAACGAUCAGAUCAGCCUGCUCUUCCCAAAGUGCCGGCCCAAGCAGCAGCUGCAUCAUCAUCCACAGCAGCAUCAUCAUUCACAGCUGCAGCAACAGCAGCAGCAGCAGCAGCAGCAGCAGCAGCGACAUGAGCUCCACACGGAUGUAAAUCUUAACAGAAGCAGCAGCCCCACCACUGUAGCAGUCACUACGACCACGGAUCCCGCUGCCACGCCCACCAGCACCACGCCCAGCUACUACAAGAGCGUGAACAUCAUAACACAGUCGCCGCCGCCGCACUCGGCCUCGUCACACUCCUCGGAGUCGCUCUCCUCGGUGACGCCGCGCAUAUCCACAAAUCCGUUCCUGUGCGCCCCACUGACGCCGCCCACACCGCCGCCACCGCCGCUGCUGCACAGCUCCGCUGCACUUCCAGUCGAGGGCGAGCCAGAGGGAUCGCACGCAUCCAAGGACGGAGGAUCUGGCGUUGCUGCUGGUGGAGCGCGUGCCGGAGCUGAAGAGGAGGAGGAAGUAGACGAGACCGUACUGGCGGCAGGCUAUCCGGCCUCAUUCUACUACCACACGGGCGACAGCAGACGGGGCCAGAGCACCAACUACCCCGAGAUGCCGCGCAAACGGAGCACAGGCCUGCCCACCAGCGCCAGUGCCAGCGCCAUCAGCAGCAGCAGCAGGCAGCAGCCACUGCACAACGGCGGCGGCAGCAACGUGAACGGAACUGCCAGCAAUGGCAAUACCCCGAAUAUCCAGGCACAGAGCCAGAGCCAGAGCCAGAAUCCCUUCAUCAAGGAGAACUACUGGGAUGCAGCUCCCAUGCGUGCCAGCUCCCUGCUGCACUCUCCCACGGAAUACGCUGAGGAGCAGCAGCAGCAGCAUCAACAGCAGCAACAUCUUCAAGCCUCUGCCCGGCGGGCAUACCACCAACAGCGGGAGCAGAUGGCCACACAGCUGUACGGCUUGGCCCAGCGACAGGCAACGCAGCAGCAGCCGCCAGCGCACAUCCUACGGGUUGGACGGAGCCCGAUCAGCCGCAGCUACACGGUACCCCAGCAGCAGCAGCAACAGCCGCAGCAGCCGCAGCAAUCCGUAAACAAUGCCUGUGCGGACGGACUGACCCCACUGGCCAGCCACUAUCUGUACGGUAGCAAAUCCUCGCUGGACCAGCAUGGGGCCGGCGACUGGGAGCCGCGGGAGCAGCGCAAACUGAGGAUGCGCGAGGAGCGAGAGCGGGAAAGGGAGCACCUGUUGCUGGAGCAGGAGGUGCAGGCGGCACGGGAAAACCACAUGACCCACUUGGCGGGGCAGCAGCAGCAGCAGCGCAAGCGACAUGGACACGGCGAGGAGAGGGAACGUGAAAGGGAAAGGGAACGCGAUCAUCGUCUGGUGAAUGGCAGCGCCACAGGCAAUGAGGCAUUGUACGGAUCGGCAGAUCCCGGCGAGAGCUGGCAGCAUCUGCGUGUGACGACCGAAGCGAAUGUGAGCGAGGAGGGCUGCAAGCAUGCCAGCAAGCUCAUUGAGAAGACCCUGACGAUGCCACAGUCGCAGUUGCAGCUGCAACUGCAGUCCGGCCUGAGGAGCCUUGAGGAGGCGGCCCUGUAUCGGGAGCACAAGCUGGAUGCCUGGCAACUGGAGCGCAACUACACGCUGGCCGUGGAGUCGCGUCACGGCAUUAUAGAAUACGAGGGCUCUCCACGUCGCAUUGGUGGCUGGGGUGCAGUGACUGCAGCAGCAGCGGCCUCAGCCUCAGCAGCGGACGAAAGCGAACCACCAGCAGCAGCAACAGCAACAGCAGCAGCAACAGCAGCAGCACAGGCUCACUCACAGCUUCCCAUGGCCGCUGUGCCACCGUUGAGCUCAACAGCCAGCACGCUGCAAAAGACAGCGGCCCGGGCAGCCCUUGCCGCUCUGGCCCAGACCCAGACACAGACCCAGACCCAGAAUCACAUUCAGAAUCACUCGCAGGCACCGCAGCCAUUGCAGGCCUAUCCCGUGCGCCCGGGUUUCCCACAGCGCAUCCUUUCGCCGCCUCAUCGCGAGCCACGCAGCUGCUCCCCACAGCCGCCGCAGCAUGUGGCACCACAGCACAACACGAACACGAGCAUGAUGAGCAACCACAGCAACAACAAACUUCAACUGCAACAGCCGGUGGGCAGCGACACCAAUGCGGAGGACACCAGCAACGAUGUGUCCGAAAUUGGCACCAUAUCCGAUCUGACCACGCCGGAAGCGGUGGCCCUGGCCCUGGCCAAUGAGGCCCUGGCAGUCAGCAGAUCGGCAACGGCCACGCCACCAAUGCACACAGCAGCCACAGCACCACCGACAGCCUGCUGCUCAACAACAGCAGCAGCAGCAGCAGGAGGAGCAGCAGGAGCUGGAGUAGGACUUGGUGUGGGUGUGGGUGUGGGUGUUGGACCACUGAGUCUACACACAAAAUCAUCGACAUUUGAUUACCUCUACGAGUUCUCGGAGACGCGCAAAGUGCUAGAGGAGUUCUUCAAGUGCCCCUCGACCGACGAGCAGCCCAUCAUGGAGAACGGCAGCGAUGUGGACAGCAUUGACAUCCAGUACGAGUUCCACAGCAACUUUGAGCGCGACGAGGAGGAGCUGGUCGAGGAGGAGGAUGAGGACGAGGAUGACGACGGCGAUGGCGACGAUGAGGAGAACGAUGAGGCAGAGGACGAGGACGAAGCCGUUGCGCAGGACCCGGAGCAUGACGAGGACUAUCAGCAGCAGCCAGGCCCCUGCUCAGAUCUGACCAGAGAGGCGGAGCGUCAUGUCUACGGCGGAUACGCUCAGCCGCAGCUGCAGAUGCAGUUGCAGUUGCAGCUGCAGAGGUCAGCCCAUGCCCGUGGCAGCGGCAGCCCACUGAUGCGGGACUUUGACUUCUUCCUCGACUCCGCCAGCCGAAGCAGCGGCGAGCGGGACGGCGAACAGGAUGGCCUCAAUCACAACCAACUGCUGAGCACCGGCAGCGGCAGUGGGCUCGGCCAGAGCGUGGGCGGGGGCGGGGGCGUGGGCGUGGGCCCUGCCGGUGGCCACAACUACCGCUACUCGCCGGAGACCACCGACUACGACUCCAACUGUGGCGAUCUGGACAGUCUCUCUGGGGAGAUGAACGGCGGCGGCGUGUCCACCUCGUGCUCGAACUACGCCAAGUACUAUGCCUCGGCCAUGCCCGUGCUGGAGGAUGGCCUCUCCUCGGGCCACACCAGCGACACCGAGAACAACAACAACAAGAAUCUGCAGCUGGCCGGCGUGCAGGGGGGUCAGGGUCAGGUACAGGGACAGCAGUGCCCCAACAGCCUGAGUGCCAGCACCAGCAUCGGUGGCAGCGGCGGCAUCUCCAUGCUGAUGGACAUGAAGCGCCUGUCCACCAACAACAGCCUCAAUAGCAUGCACAACCUGACCACCGCCUCCACCACGGACAGCAAUGGCGGCCAGGGGGGCCAGGGGGGCCACCCCGUCAGCAGUCCCAGUCCCAGCAACGGCCAUGCCAAGCAGCCACCGCCCAUGCCACAGCCCCGGGAGCUGCUCGGCCAGAGUCCCAGCCAGACGCAGAGCCACAGCCAGAACAAAGUGUUCAAGAACAUCGAUCCCGACCUGGACUCGCUCUAUUCGAUCAGUGUUUUCCAUCGGCCGGACACGGUGCAGAUGACGCCGCCGCCACCGGCUCCGGCGCCGCAUCGCAAGCCCAAUAGCAGCAGCGCCGCAGACAUUGAUCUGCUGCAGCCGAGCAGCAAGCACACGCCCCUGGCGGCGGCCAUCAGCUCCACGCUGCAGCGCAGCUCGCCCACCACCCCAUCUGGGACUGGGACUGGGACUGGGUCUGGGCCCAGUAAGCCGAGAAGUGCGGCUAGCAACGGCAGCAGCAGCAAUGGCAAUGCCAAUGGCAACGGAGUACCACCGCCAAUUCCGGAAAGAAGCAGCCUCAUUCCGGCACAACAGCAGCAACAGCGAUCACCUUCGCCGGUGAUUAGCUCACCCGUGUGGCUGUCCCGGCACCUGGACGGUGGUGUUGGCAAGGGGCUGCUCGAGUCCGGCUCGGACAACCACUCGAAGAAUCACAGUGCGGACGAGGACGAUGUGGACACCGAUCUGGAGACGGACCGGCUGCUGGGACACCAGCGGCUGGACGAUCAGGGCUACUACGACGAGAACAAGAGCUGGGACCGCAAGCCGCGCUCCUCGCUGCUCUCCAAGAUCUCGCCCAAACAGCAGAUGCCCAGCACGAAGACGCGCAACGGCUACAAUGCGCUGCUGAGCUCCACGCCGGAGCUGCUGCCGCCGCCGCCCAUACCCCCAAAGAGCUCCACCGGCAGCGGCGGCAAGCUGCUCGACCUUGUCGGUGGCAUGGUCCAGCGCAGCAUAUCACGCAGCUCCUCGGAGCACAGCGAGAAAUCGCCCAGCAAGUUGCAGGCACAGCAGCAGCAGCAACAGCUGCAGCAGUCUGGCUCAAUCGGCGACCCUGUGGAUGUGGUGGCCUCGGCCGUGGGGGCUGCCUCAGUGGCUGCAGCGGUGGCAACGGCACCGCCCAUGGAAAGACCCGGCAAUGGGGGGCGGUGGGGUGGAGGAUCUGAACGUUCCGUCAACGGUGGCGCUGGCAUCAUCAAGCUGGAGGCGGAGAACGGCGGCAGCCUCAAUGGAGGCAUCACCAUCAGCAGCGCGGCAGUGACCGGAGGCGGAGUAACCGGAGGAGGCAGCAAUGUGGCCGCCAAUCCGGGCGCCGUCACCACAACAGUCAAUGCGGGCAGCAACAACAGCAGCGGCAGCGGCGCCGGCAGCAACAGCAACGCGGCUGCGGGCGGCAGCGGCGAGAAAAAAGUGAAAAAGAGUAAGAGCAAAGAAGGCGGCGCAGUGCUCAUCGAGGGCGUGCUCUUCAGGGCCAAGUACUUGGGCUCCACGCAGCUGGUCUGCGAGGGUCAGCCCACAAAGUCGACGCGCAUGAUGCAGGCCGAGGAGGCCGUCUCCCGUAUCAAGGCCCUGGCACCCGAUGGCGAUGUUCAGCCCAGCACCGAAGUGGAUCUGUUUAUAUCAACUGAAAAGAUAAUGGUGCUGAACACCGACUUGAAGGAGAUCAUGAUGGAUCAUGCGCUGCGCACAAUCUCCUAUAUAGCGGACAUUGGGGAUCUGGUGGUGCUGAUGGCUCGACGCCGCUUUGUGCCGCAGGACAUUGACGACGCACCCAAGCCAAAUCGUACGCCCAAGAUGAUCUGUCAUGUGUUCGAGAGCGAUGAGGCGCAGUUCAUUGCCCAGUCGAUUGGGCAGGCGUUCCAGGUGGCCUACAUGGAGUUCCUCAAGGCCAAUGGCAUCGAAGACCAUCGAUUCGUCAAGGAGAUGGACUACCAGGAGGUGCUCAAUAGCCAGGAGAUCUUCGGCGAUGAGCUUGAGAUCUUUGCCAAAAAGGAGCUGCAAAAGGAGGUCGUUGUGCCCAAGGCCAAGGGCGAGAUUCUCGGCGUGGUCAUUGUCGAGAGCGGUUGGGGUUCCAUGCUGCCCACCGUCGUCAUUGCCAAUCUGAUGAGCUCCGGUGCGGCGGCCCGCUGCGGCCAGCUGAAUAUCGGUGAUCAGCUGAUCGCCAUCAAUGGACUGAGCCUCGUCGGCCUGCCGCUCUCCACCUGCCAGACGUACAUAAAGAACACCAAAAACCAGACCGUCGUCAAGUUUACAGUGGUGCCCUGCGCCCCCGUUGUCGAGGUGAAGAUCAAGCGGCCAGAGACCAAAUAUCAGCUGGGAUUCAGUGUUCAGAACGGUGUGAUUUGCAGUCUGUUGCGCGGUGGCAUAGCCGAACGGGGCGGUGUCCGUGUUGGUCAUCGCAUCAUUGAGAUCAACAACCAGAGCGUGGUGGCAGUGCCCCACGAGAAGAUCGUUAACUUGCUCGCCACUUCAGUGGGGGAGAUACUCAUGAAGACGAUGCCCACAUCCAUGUUCCGCCUGCUCACCGGCCAGGAGAAUCCCAUAUAUAUUUAAGCACUGGGCUGAUCGAUAGAUCGAUGAUAUUGUUAACUACAAAAACCAUAU